GAGCCAGAAGAGUUUAAUUGCUAAGUAAAAAAAACAAUUUUCAUUAAUACCUGUGACUAAUUAUUAAUACGUCAAGUAUAUCAACAAAAUGCCUCUUUACGAGACGCUAUCUACCGAAAAAUUGAUAGUUGUUUUAGAUAUUGGAACGGCUUUUACAAAGUUUGGAUUUACGAGCGAGUUCGCCCCGAGGUACAUAAUUCGAUCAGAAGUUCGAUGUAAAAAGACUAAUAGUUUAAGGCGAAUAUGUGAUUAUAAUAGCCCUGAAGAUCUGUAUGAUUUGUUGGUUGAAUUUAUUCACACAAUAUAUUUCAAAUAUGCCUUAACUAGCCCAAAAGAUAGACCAAUUGUUAUUGUAGAAUCUUUAUUGUGUCCAACAUUAUUUAGAGAGACGCUUGCUAAAGUUUUGUUUUUACAAUAUGAAGUUUCAUCAAUUUUGGUAUUACCUUCUCAUUUGGUUGCUUUGGCAAGUCUAGCGAUUGAUACAGCUUUGGUUAUUGAUGUAGGAUAUAAGGAAGCUGUAACAAUUCCAAUUUGUUAUGGAUUACCAAUAGUUCAAGCAUGGCAAGCAUUGCCAUUAGGCGGAGAAUAUAUCCAUUAUAAUCUGAAAAAUCUUUUGAGUAAUUGCAAUACGGGAAUCCAAAAUUUGUCGGAAACUGUUUUAGAAGAUAUUAAAAUUAGGUGUUGCUUUGUAACAAAAAGUUCUCGGGCAAAACAACUUAAUUUAGCAAAAUCUGAAAUUGUACCACCUCCAGAUGUUAAAUAUCCAUAUGCCGGUGCAGAAACCCUUUUAGUUGCAGGAAAAAUUAGAGAAAAGGUGUUUGAAAUAAUGUAUGAAGAGGAUAAUGAUCAUUUGUGUUUGUCCACAAUGAUACUUGAUGCAAUACUAAAAGUGGAUAUAGACCUACGACAAAAACUUGCAGAAAAUCUCGUUUUAAUUGGUGGAACUGUUAUGACAUUAGGCUUUAAGGCGCGUCUUAAGGAGGAACUACAGAAACAACUCCUGAAUGAGAGAUAUCAAAUAUUAAAUAUCAAAGAAUUCAGAUUUCAUUCCCCACCUUGUAAAGAGAAUUAUGCAGCUUGGCUAGGAGGUGCAAUUUAUGGAGCAACUGAUUUUCUUUCUAUGAAGGCAGUUAGUAAAGAUUUUUACUUACGAGAGAAACAUUUACCUGAUUGGAUAAACUUAAAAGAUGUCACUAACAUGAAAUUACCAGAUUAUACCACUCGUGUCUUAUAAUUAUAUUUCUAUAAACCAUCACAGUAUAUUAUACAGUAAAAUAAUUUUUAUUUUAAUUUAUAGAUAUCUUAACAUUGUUCUAUUUAUUUUAUAUUUUUGUAAAUUUAAGUGAAAUAAAAAUGCUUUUCUUUGAUAUACAG